UACACAUCCCUGAAGACGAGUGUAUUAAUCAGCUUUGGGAAUGUCCAUCCAGCGCUCACGCAGGCAACGUGCGUAAUAGGAAGCCGUACAAUUUGCGCACGAGCAAACGCGCAUCAGUCGUCUUUUUGGUUCCACUAGUCCCUUUAAAAUCCCAAUCCAAGGCCGUUGAUUUAUCAAACUCCUAUUAUCAAGAAAAUGUCAUGCGAAGGGCACCUUGCUGUCCUGCACUGACGCAAACUCCAGCCUUUCUCUCGGAGCUGUAAAAAAGCUUAGCACUUGCUGUUUGAAUCAGUCUGCUUCCAGCCUUCUCUUUUUACUGCUGUUUUCAGCCUGACACCGGAGCUCUACAAAAAUGGAUUGCUCUGAGCAAAGAGAAAUGAGCACUCCUCCUGGCUUCAUCCCGGCGCAGCAGCCAGACGGAGCCGCUGGAAUCCAAUCCAACAAGCCGGACAACGCAGCUGCGUGCCCCGCACCCGCCCCGCACCAUCACCCAGCGCCCCAGCUGCCGCCUUCCUGUAACGAGAGCAAAACUUUUUACCCCACGGAGAUUAAACCGGGAGAACCGGACAGCAAUAAAGCAUAUGGGACGUUUAAAAGCGCUCCCCCGCCGGUCCCGGGAUCAGCGAUUGUUAACUCGGAUUUUAGGAAGGAUUCAGUCGGUUCGGCCCGCGGGGGGUCCGCCCUGUGUGGCGACCCUCUCCGGGCAACCACGGAGCAGAACAACGCGGUGGGCAACUGGACGGCUAUGAGCCAGACCACCAUCAUACUGGGAGCAGAUGGAAACAUGUCUGUUCAGCCUGGAGUCGUGGCGGGGGCGGAAGAUGAUGAUGACGAGGAGGGAGAUGAGAAUAAGGCCAGAGGAAACUGGUCAAAUAAACUGGACUUUAUUCUGUCCAUGGUUGGCUAUGCGGUUGGACUGGGGAACGUGUGGAGGUUCCCUUACCUCGCCUUCCAAAACGGUGGAGGAGCGUUUCUCAUCCCGUACCUGACCAUGUUGGGCAUUGCAGGAAUCCCAAUCUUCCUGCUGGAAGUUUCCUUGGGUCAGUUUGCCAGCCAGGGGCCCGUGUCUGUUUGGAAAUGCAUUCCAGCCCUGCAAGGUUGCGGGAUUGCCAUGUUGAUAAUAUCUGUCUUGAUAGCCAUAUACUAUAAUAUUAUAAUGUGCUGGACACUGUACUACCUGUUCGCUUCGUUGAAGGGCUCACUACCAUGGGCUAACUGUAGGAAUGAGUGGAACACGGUGGAAUGUAAAGACAAAGACAUGCUGCUGUUAGACUCAUGCAUCCUGCGUGACAGGAACGCCAUUUCAGUGAAGAACUCCACUUUCUGUCUGUCUGCAAACGCUGUGGGAAACCUGACCAAGCUGCUGAAUGUGAGCAUUGACGCCAACAAAACCUACGUCAGCCCCAGUGAGGAAUACUUUAAGUACAAUGUUUUGCACAUUUCCAAAGGCAUUGAAUAUCCAGGAGACAUCCGCUGGCCUCUGGCAGGCUGCCUGUUUUUGGCCUGGGUCAUUGUCUAUGCUUCUCUGGCCAAAGGAAUCAAGUCAUCAGGCAAGGUAGUUUAUUUCACAGCAACAUUUCCUUACGUGGUGCUGAUCAUCCUCCUGAUCCGAGGUGUGACCCUCCCUGGUGCUGGGGAUGGCAUCCUUUACUUCAUCACACCUAAAUGGGAGAAACUGAGUGAUGCAAAGGUAUGGAAAGAUGCAGCGACUCAGAUAUUUUUCUCUCUGUCAGCUGCAUGGGGAGGUUUGAUCACACUCUCCUCCUAUAAUAAGUUCCACAAUAACUGCUACAGGGACACCGUUAUAGUGACUUGCACUAACAGUGCCACUAGUAUUUUUGCUGGGUUUGUCAUCUUCUCCGUGAUUGGUUUCAUGGCUCAUGAGCUGAAGGUGCCAAUAGAGAAGGUGGCAGACGAGGGUCCAGGCAUAGCAUUUGUUGUCUAUCCGGAGGCUCUGACCAGACUCCCCCUGUCUCCUUUCUGGGCAAUCAUCUUCUUCCUCAUGCUUCUGACUCUUGGACUGGAUACCAUGUUUGCCACCAUUGAGACCAUCGUAACAUCUGUCUCAGAUGAGUUCCCCAAGUACUUGAGGAAACACAAGCCGGUCUUCACGCUGAUCUGCUGUGCCUCCUUUUUCAUUCUGGGUUUUCCUAUGAUCACAGAGAAUGGGAUGUACAUGCUGCAGCUGGUGGACACGUUUGCUGCUUCCUAUUCUCUGGUCAUUAUUGCCAUCUUUGAGCUUUUGGGAAUUUCCUAUCUUUAUGGUCUGCAGAGGUUUUGUGCGGACAUUGAAAUGAUGAUUGGUUUUCAGCCCAACCGAUUCUGGAGACUGUGCUGGGCCUUUGUGACUCCAACCAUCCUGACGGGCAUCCUGGGACUCAGUCUGUAUCAGUGGAAGGUGAUGACUUAUGAAGACUACACCUACCCCACCUGGUCCAUGAUUAUGGGGUGGCUCAUGGUCAUCUGCUCUGUGAUCUGGAUCCCCAUCAUGUUCCUCAUCAAGAUGUACCUGGCACCAGGCACCAUAGGCGAGCGCUUGAAGUUGGUCUGCUCCCCUCAGCCUGAUUGGGGUCCUUUCCUGAUGAAGCACAGAGGGGAUCGCUACAAGAACAUGACCGAUCCCCUCGGUACCAGCUCUCUGGGUCUCAAGCUGCCCCCAAAGGACUUCCAUCUUACUUCUUACCAGUAGCAGCGAUCCUGCCAGCAUUUUAACCACUACGUCUGACCAUUUCAGUAAUUACUUGGAGAAGGUGGAUGCCUUUGUCCUUGUCGCCCCCACUCCUUUUUGCUCUUUGGUCUUGUUUGUACGCCUCACUGUUUGCUUCCCCGUCUUCUGCCUUUUCUUACAAAUGCGGACACAGGAUCCCUUUCCUUUUCCUUUCCAUUUUUGCAAUUGCCUGUCUUCUCUCAGGGAGGAGUGGCUGACCAAGUGAAGCCUGCCUCUCUGCUGCUGCUUCGUACUCAGUUAAUAGGCUUUCUUUGCCUCCCACAUAUGUCCGCUGAUUACUCCAGAAUCCUUCCCAGAGAACCUUAUUCCGAAAGAAAAAUUGUGUCAUAAAAUGACAGCUCAGACUGCACUUGCAAUAUAAGACUCACUAUAGCUGCUCCCAGUAGAGUUGUGUGUGUUUCUGUGCGUAUGUGUGCAUUGCAUAUUUGUGUGUAGACAUAAUGAAUUGUGUUGGAGUAAGCAGGAAAGAGAAGAAAAAAAAGAGUCCCGGAAAAAUAAAAAAAGAGAAAAAUGCUUUAAGACAUUGUUGGAAAUCAGUUCCACCUGUUAGAGACAACUAUUGCAACAUAAAUUAUAUAGAUAAUCGUAGAAAAAGUUUUAAAGUAUGCUCUAUUAUCAAAUUUUGUUUCUAUAUUGCAGUAUAUAUAUGUAUAGUCAUGUCAGCUGCUACUCAGUGGCUCUUGCUUUGUCAAAAACAGAUUACAAGAUCUGCGAAAUGUGCCUCCAACGUCCCAGUAGAGUUCAAAUGCAUUCAGACAUCCCCUUUCACUAGACAUCUUUUAACCUCUGAAGACUUGACAGUACUAAAAUCUGUAUUCCUCUGCAAACCUGAGGGGCAGUGUGCAACACCUGCUCCAUCUAAAUAUUAACUUGUGUUACUGUUGUAUUAUUUAAAAUGUAGAGUUCAGUCUUUUUAGUGUUGGACACUGCUAACCCAACCCUUUCAAGUCUUAGAAUUAACCCUGUAGUUACUCCCUGUGCACUUACUUUGGAUGCAUAGUUCUAGUCCUUGGGGUUGUGAUCUUCUAAAGCCAUCUGUGACAUGCAUUUGACAUCAUAUUAGAUUAACCUCAAAUAUUUAACACUAUACUCAUUCUGUGUCAUUUCUUGUUCUGAACAGAGAAGAAAUUAUUUAUAUGUAACGUAUUUAUCAAAAUUAAGCAUUACUUGCUACCCUAUACUUUUGUCAAAUGCACUCUUUUAGUACAGAAGACUCUCCGUCUGCCAUUGCCAUGUUUGAGCAGAUGAAGAUCAGAUGACAAAAUGACUCCCCUCUCUGCCGAAAAGUGUGUUUUGUCUCUUGUAGCUUGUGGUAGAGCUCUGGGCAUUGCUUUGUCUCAUCAUCCUCAUCACUCAUGCUUCUCCGUGUGUCCUCCUGGAAACAGGGUCUCAGGUAUACUCCGUCGGACUACUGAGCUUGUUGCAAGAACAGCAGCAUCUGCUGCAAAGAGACCUUAACAGUGCCGCCUUUGAAGCUAAAUGACAACAAAAGCUGUGGUAAAGCGUUGCAUAGGAGUACAAUGUAGAUACUUCUUGCUGAGGACUCAAUGCUUAAGUGCUUAGUUUUAACUCUCUGUGACUUACAAAGGAAAUGUGAAUGGGCCAAGUGGAUGAUGUGAAAGGUUAAUGGUGAAAAAAUGAAUUUUGCAACUUUCUUUGAUUUUUGCAAUAUGUGUUUCAUUGGCACAAAAUGUGCAUUUUUUCCCUUUCCCUCUCCACACUCUUCUGUCCACUAAAACCAGGCAUUUAACUCUAAUUUAGGGAACAGUUUCCUUAUUAGUCAUGAUGUGUUCAGACUCAACCUUUUUAGGUUAUAAAAGUCAACUGCUGUUUUUUUCCCCAGUGGUGGUCAGCCUUGUCUCUACUUUAAAAAAACUAUUAUCUUCAACUUAACAGCAAGCAUCCGCUCUGAAGCCUUAAGUUUCUUCUGCUCAUUGACAUCUUCCAUCUGUAUUUUAUCAAGGUCCCAAUUGGCCUGAUUAGGCUUUUAACUCAGCAGGUAUCAUGGAGUGUUUCUAUUGUAACAGCUGACAGACGUUUAAGGAUCUCUCUCUCUCUCUCAAAGCCAUGUCUUUUCAUAACCUUUGCCUGAAGACAGCACAGGUCUGAUUUAGGUGUUGGGUUGUUUGAAAACAACACAUAAUCAAUUUAUGAGCACAAAUAUCCUGAUGUUAAAUUGUUAAAUGCUUGCUACACUGUGUUUCUUUAAAGAUGUUUCACUGUAAUUGUUCAAUUGUGAUAAUUAUGGAUGUCUGUGUAUGCUUGUGUGCGUGUGAUUGUCUCUGUAUAGCUGAAUUUCAUUCAAUCAAACAUGUGCAUGGCCCGUCUCAGAGUAGAAUGUAGGAUGAAAUGUAAAGGAUCGUCAAGCACUAUUUCCUCGAAUGUCUCCGUCAAACACACCGUCGUCUGUCUUCUUUGAGAAGUCAAAAAGUGCAAACUUCAAACAACGAUCCGCUCCAAAACAAACAAAUAUUUUUGCUGUGAGUGUAGUUUGUGGUUUUAAAGCUUAAAAUAAUAAAACAAAUGUAUUGUUCUUUGCUGGAACACUAAAAUGCUAAACGCCUUCAUGCCCUGAAUAAUUUUAAAGAAUUUAUUUAGGGCAGCAGCUACAAAGCUGAAUGUUUCACGGCACCGUGUUUCCUUAUUUAUCGGGAUUUCCCUUUUUUGGAGUGAGAAAACUAAAGAAAGAAAUAGCUAAGUAAAUAAAGCUCUAGGUUUAAUUAAUACCUUUCUGCUUCAUUAAAUGCACCAGAUAAAAAGCUUGCAUGUGCAAUUUGUGUUGCUGUCAGUCAGUGUCCAUAUAUAAAUAUAUUUUUUCUCUUGAUAGUAUAAGCUGGUGCAUGUUUACUUUAGAGAACGUUAUGUUCUUCCUAAAGUUGAGAAACAGAAGGUUGCUGUUGUCCAUUUGCACAAGAGGAAAAGAAAAAAAUAAAUAAACUUGCAUUUCUCUUGGUCUGCAAUUAACCUAUGGACAGUGUAGUAACCAAAGAAAGAGUAUUCUACAUGACCUUAUCGUAAUAACAUUAAAUAUAAACUAUAUAAAAACAGGAAUGUGUCAUCAGCGUAUAGGAGGUUGAGAUACUGCCAUUCAUAUAAUAAAUGUACGUCAGUGUGUGCCAAUACGUUACAAAACACCUUCAGGUAACCAUUGGCCUUAUAGAUGUCCUCUAAUGGUAGAAUAUUAUGUGUACUUCAAAAAUAACACCACAGCAUAGCUGUCUAUCUCAUGUAAAAAUAGUAUUCCUAUUGUUAUGUCUGUUGUGUCUUUUUGGCACCUUACUGUGGGACCUAUGAAUGCAUAGGAUAAAUUUCUAAUUACUUGAGUAAUGUCAUAUAUUUCUGUGUGUUUUACAUGAGGCACUGCUGCCUAUGGAUAUAGAUAUGUGCCUCCAACAGCCCAUGACAGUCAUUUGAUUAAAAAAAUUGAGAGUAGAUAUUAUGUUUCAAAUAUGUUUCAAAAUGAGUGAUGUGUAAAAAACAAUAGAACAGAUGAAUAUAUCAUAAAUGUGAAAUGCAUUUAUUUAUUUUUCACAAUCAUCAAUCUUUGAGGCCCUACCUCAGUUUUUCUAUUUAUCUAUAGAAAUGCAAUUGGAUUAUAGUAUCUUUGCCAAUAAUAAUAUAUAUCGCUAUUCUAUCAUGAAAUGUAUAACAUAUGAGUCAAUAAAUAAAUAAAUGUUAUUGUUAA